AUGGAUCAGUGGACGGGUGUGCAUCGGGCCUUUAUCAUACGUGCCUAUUAUAGGAGCAAUGAUUCCAUCAGCACCGCCCAAAGAUUGUUCAAGAAACAGUUUAGCAUUUAUCAGAUUCCGCCCACGAAUGUCAUCAAAUCGUGGUUACGUCACUUCGAAUGCACCGGCUCCUCCCAGGCUAGCGGCUGUCAUUCGCGUUCAUCCCUGCCUCAAAUCUUCUGCACCAUUUGCAAUCACUGUUUGAGUAAUGAGAAAAAUUUCACCAGCUCCGUCAAGUGAACUAUUAUUAUAUUAUUUAUGUGCAUAAGUUUUUUCCCUUUAAGAAUAAAUCAAUUUGCUAAUUAACAAAUCUGUUGAAAAUUUCUUUUCAACGUGCACAGUGGUGAGAAAUUAUUAAAAAGUGUAUAGUGUUUAAGUGGAAACCAAUUUUUCUAAAGAUCUUUACUAAGAAAACUCGACCAAACUUUUUUUGAAACUUAUAAAAAAACACUCAA